AACAAACAGAGGAUAUUCAAAGUAAUGAUGGAUCAAUCAUCACCAUUAUUAUGGCUGAAUUAGAAGAAGAAAAAAGAAGAAUUCAAUCAAAAAAAAUGACAGAUUCAGACUGGAAAACUGUAAUCCCGAUCCACUAA